CCCCGCCAACACGUUACCACGAAUUAACUGUGCGUCUAGACACGGACGACAGACGACAGACGACAUCAGCAUCAUCACCACCAUACGUAUCUCCCCAAAGCUGGGCCCAGACGGCCACAACACCGACGCCAGUUAGCUUCGAUAUCGCCGUACAUCCGUGUCAUCCCGUUACUACCAUCGGCGCCGGCUCUCCUGGACAUGCAUUGGCCCUAGUAGCGCCAUCAUGCCUCAAGACCCUGCCGCCGCCCUCAGCGCCUUGCUGCGGGCGUCCUCCAUCAAAGACCACGAUGAGAUCCUCAAGGCUGCCAAUGCCGCUAUCAAGGUCGACAAGACGGAUGUAGCGAGUCAGCACACCCGCAUCGUUGCCCUCCUCAAGCUCGACCGCUUCGAUGAUGCCUUGCGCGCCAUCGCUGAAGGUGGCACCAAGCUCAACGCACUCUGUGUCCUCGAGCAGGCAUAUGCGCUUUAUAAGACGAGCAACCUCGAGGACGCCACUGCUGCCCUCCAGGCCGCCGGUCUCGAAAAGAGGAGCUUUUGCCACGUGGCUGCCCAGGUCGCAUACCGUGCUGAGCGGUUCGAUGAUGCUCGCGCAAUCUACAGUCGCCUCCUCGACGCCGACGACGACGCCGACGAGGAAAACGACCUCAGCAUCAACAUCCGCGCUGCUGCUGCACAGUCCGAAUGGCUGGGAUACUCUUUCAUGAACCCCCCGCCCAUUCAAGAUUCCGAUGGCUUUGAGGUCUGCUACAAUGCUGCCUGCGCCUGCAUUGCCCGUGGCUCCCUCGACGAAGCCGCCAACCUGCUGCAACGUGCGAUCAGGCUAUGCGACGCUUCCGACGAUCUGACCCAGGAGGAUAAGGAAGCGGAGAUGCGUCCCAUUCUCGCCCAGCAGGCAUACGUCCAAGCCAAGACGGGCAAGCUUAAGGAGGCGCUCGAAUUGUACAGAUCGCUGGCCAGCGCAGAUGACGAAGACCCUGAUCUCACAGUCAUAGCUCAAAACAACCUCCUGGCAAUGGAAACCACGGUUGAGAAUCCUUAUGUUCUCGAAAGGAAGUUCGCGACGUUGGCAGACAACAACAAAGCUUCCAAGCUUUUCAACCACCAGUCAAAUAUCCUUCGCCGCAACAAUCUUGUGGUCAGUCUCCAGGCAUCCAAAGCCGCCGGUGUCAAAUCUCGAACCGCAACUCUCCUCAGCCAGGCCGAGCAUCCCACCACCUCUGCUAACAUCAAUAUCCUUUCCGUCCUCAAUGCGGCUGCCAGUGCUGAAGGAACCACUGGAAAGCAGUUAGUCCGAAACCUUCAAGGCGCAGCGAACAAGAGGCCUAACGAUGUCGGUCUUGUUCUCACCAUCAUCCAAAUACAGCUUAGCAGCGACAAUACUGGCUCAGCAUUAUCCAUCUUGGAGUCCUUCUUGGCACGUUUAGAGAAGGGCGAGGCGCCGGAAGCUCAGGAUGUCCGGUUUUCCCCCGGACUUGUUGCCCUGGCCGUGGCCCUCAACCGAGCACAAGGACGAGAGUCAUGUGCCAAGGCGGAGCUUGUGAAGGCCGCGACACACUGGCAAGCUCGUCCUAUUAGCUCUGCUUCCUCCCUCCUUGAGGAGGCUGGUAUUGAGCUUAUGAAGUCAUCUAACCCUCAAGACUUGCAGCUGGCUGGUGCUUCCUUCCAGAAGUUGUUUGAUGAGCAACAGGGCUCGGACAUCGCCGCCGCUGGCCUGGUCGCAUCUCUUGCCGCCUCGAACUCUUCAGCCAUCCAGCACCUCCUCCCAAAGCUUCCCCCGGUCGAGACCUUGAUUAAGGGUGUCGACGUGACAGCGCUUCUCGAGGCCGGUGUAGCUACGGCCGCUAAGCCGACACAGGCCAACAAGCGAUCCGCUACUCAAGAACCAAGCGACAAGCCCAACAAGCGACGUAGAAAGAUCCGGCUGCCCAAGAACUAUGUGGAAGGCACAAAACCCGACCCGGAGCGCUGGCUACCCCUGCGAGACCGCUCCUCGUACCGCCCGAAGGGCAAGAAGGGAAAGAAGAAGGCCGGCGAGACCCAGGGUGGCAUGGUCAAGGAGGAGGAGACGCUGGAGUUGGUUGGAGGAGGAGGCGUCAAGGUGGAAAAGGCACCUCCUUUAAAUGCCAAGAAGAAGAAGAAGGGCAAGAAAUAGGGCUUCAUGCUCCUACCGGGCCACGGGGUUGUCAUGGUGUCAACUCCGAAAUAAGGCAAA